ACGUUCGCGCCCGUCCGCGGUCCAAUCAGAAGUUUAGUUAGGUAGGCGGUUUGGCGGGAAAGCUGGGUUUUCGCGCCAGUCUGUUGGUGGAAGAAAGGACGCGGCGUGCAUUGUCGGCAAUCUUCGCACACGCGUUUCACAAAGUCAGAGGAAGUCAUGGCCGCCCCGAUGAUCGCAGAGGUGGAGGAUCAGGAGAUCAGGGAGGCGCAGCGGGAGUAUCUGGACUUCUUGGACGAUGAGGAGGAUCAGGGGAUCUACCAGAGCAAAGUCCGGGACAUGAUCAGCGACAACCAGUGCCGGCUUAUCGUCAAUAUUAAUGAUCUCCGCCGGAAGAAUGAGAAGAGAGCCAAUCAGCUGAUGAAUCACGCCUUCGAGGGGCUGAUUGCCUUCCAGCGCGCUCUGAAGGAUUUCGUUGCCUCCAUUGACGCCACAUACGCCAAGCAGUACGAAGACUUCUAUAUCGGCCUGGAAGGAAGCUUUGGUUCCAAGCACGUCAGCCCCCGGACCCUCACCUCCCGAUUCCUGGGUUCCGCGGUCUGCGUGGAGGGUAUCGUUACCAAAUGUUCUUUGGUACGCCCCAAAGUGGUCCGCAGUGUUCACUACUGUCCGGUCACGAAGAAGACCAUCGAGCGCAAGUAUUCAGAUCUGACCAGCCUGGACGCCUUUCCCUCCAGUGCUGUGUAUCCCACUAAGGAUGAGGAUAACAAUCCGCUGGAGACAGAGUUUGGACUCUCCUUAUACAAAGAUCAUCAAACGAUCACCAUCCAGGAGAUGCCAGAGAAGGCCCCCGCCGGUCAGCUGCCGCGAUCCGUGGACAUCAUUGUAGACGAUGACCUUGUCGACAAGGUGAAGCCCGGGGACCGCGUGCAGAUUAUUGGGACCUAUCGCUGUCUGCCAUCCAAACAAAAUGGCUACACGUCUGGCUCUUUCAGGACAAUUUUGAUAGCUUGCAACGUGAUUCAGAUGAGCAAGGAAGUGUCACCGGUAUUUUCGGCAGAUGACUUGGCUAAGAUCAAGAAAUUCAGUAAAACUCACUCGAAGCAGUAAUAUCACAUACAUGGGCACCAGUACAUCAAGAAAGCCAUCCUCUGCAUGUUGCUUGGCGGUGUGGAAAAGCUGCUGGAAAACGGCACCCGCAUCAGAGGAGACAUAAACGUCCUGCUAAUAGGUGACCCCUCUGUGGCCAAGUCGCAGCUUCUGCGAUAUGUGCUUUCUACGGCUCCCCGCGCUAUCACAACCACUGGAAGAGGCUCCUCCGGGGUGGGUUUGACUGCUGCCGUCACCACUGACCAGGAGACUGGGGAGAGAAGACUGGAGGCCGGUGCCAUGGUGCUGGCUGACCGCGGUGUGGUCUGCAUCGACGAGUUUGACAAAAUGUCCGACCUGGACCGCACAGCCAUCCAUGAGGUCAUGGAGCAGGGUCGUGUCACCAUCGCCAAAGCCGGUAUUCAUGCCAGACUGAACGCCCGCUGCAGUGUGUUGGCUGCAGCCAAUCCGGUCUAUGGAAGGUAUGACCAGUACAAAACUCCCAUGGAGAACAUUGGCCUCCAGGACUCCCUCUUGUCUCGUUUCGAUCUGCUGUUCAUCAUGCUGGACCAGAUGGACCCAGAACAGGACCGGGAGAUCUCUGAUCACGUUCUGCGUAUGCACCGAUAUAGAGCUGCAGGAGAACAGGAUGGCGAUGCCAUGCCGUUGGGCAGCUCUGUCGAUAUCCUGGCUACUGAAGACCCCAAUGUAACCCAUGAGGAGCAGCAAGAACUGCAAGUGUAUGAGAAACAUGACAGCCUUCUACAUGGAGUCAAGAAAAAGAGAGAGAAGACGGUUAGCAAGGAGUUCAUGCGGAAAUACAUCCAUGUGGCGAAGCUGUUCAAACCCAUACUCACGUCAGAGGCCGCCAAUUACAUAGCCGAAGAGUAUUCCCGCCUGAGAAACCAGGAUCAGAUGAGCACCGAUGUGGCACGGACGUCCCCUGUGACUGCUCGUAGUCUGGAGACUCUGAUCCGUCUGUCCACGGCUCACGCCAAAGUGAGGAUGAGCAAGACUGUUCAGCUGCAGGAUGCCGAGGCUGCCGUGGAGCUUGUCCAGUAUGCCUAUUUCAAAAAGGUUCUGGAGAAGGAGAAGAAGCGGAAGAAGAAAGAUGAGGGUUCGGAUACAGAGGAGGAAGAGGCGCCGACUGAGAGGAGGACCAGGAAGAAAAGGAAAGCCAGCACAGCUGAGGGAGAGUCACAUGACCCCUAUGACUUCAGUGACACAGAAGAGGAGACCCCUGAUGUUACAUCCCAUGCACCCGCUACCCCUGCAGAUAAGGAGAAAGAGGCCGGGUUGUCUGGAGACAGGCUUAAGGCUUUCAAGGCCGCCCUUCUGGAUGCCUUUAAAUCUGCCCACGCUCAAUCCAUCCCUAUGCCAACCCUCAUGGACUCCAUCAACAAGAACAAUGAAUCGCCGUUCUUGCAGGGCGAGGUGAAGGCCGCUUUGGAGCUCAUGGAGGAGGCGAACCAUAUAAUGGUUUCAGAUAAUAUUGUAUUCUUGAUCUAACGGACAUUGGCAGAUUUGACCAGG